GCGGGACGUGGCGGGGUAGGUGGGAGGGUCAGCUGGUUUCGAUGGACCUUGUCCCUACACUGAGCCUGGCUCGCUGAUCCAACCAUGGAGGCAGCUGCAGAUCUUCAGGACACAGCUUCCUUGGCCCCGAAGUUUGAGUUUAACCCCAAACUGGGCAUUGAUAAUCCUGUGCUCUCCCUGGCUGAAGACCACGAGCCCUCUGAUCUCUGGAGCCUGGAACGACCUCGCUUCUAUCUGCUGAACAGAGAGGAGGGCAGGAGUUUUGGCUUCCACUUGCAGCAGCAGCGGGGCAGGGCUGGGCAUGUGGUGUGCAGGGUGGAGCCAGGCGCCUCUGCCCAGCGCCAGGGUCUUCGGGAAGGAGAUCGGAUCCUGGGGGUGAACAACCAUGUCGUGGAACAUGAAGACUAUUCAGUGGUGAUACGCCGCAUCCGGGCCAGCGGUCCUCGGGUAUUGCUGACGGUUUUGGCGCAGCACGUGCAUGAGGUGGCCCUAGCUCAGCGGGGGAACGAUGCCCACCUCUGUCCCACUCUCGGCCGAGGGGUCCGGCCUCGGCUGUGCCACGUAGUGAAAGACGAGGGUGGCUUUGGCUUCAGUAUCACCCAAGGACAUCGGGGUCCUUUCUGGUUAGUGCUGAGCACUGGAGGAGCAGCUGAGCGGGCAGGAGUGCCCCCUGGGGCCCGACUGCUAGAAGUGAAUGGGGUCAGCGUGGAGAAGUUCACGCAUAACCAACUCAGCAAGAAGCUUUGGCAGAGUGGCAAGCAGGUGACCCUGCUGGUGGCAGGGCCAGAGGUGGAGGAACAGUGUCGCCAGCUGGGAAUGCCCCUGGCUGCACCCCUGGCAGAGGGCUGGGCACUGCCCACCAAGCCCCGCUGUCUGCAUCUAGAGAAAGGGCCCCAGGGCUUCGGGUUCAUGCUCCGAGAGGAGAAGGGCCUUGACGGUCGGCUCGGUCAGUUCCUGUGGGAGGUGGACCCAGGACUGCCAGCGGAGAAGGCCGGGAUGCAGGCUGGGGACCGGCUGGUGGCUGUGGCUGGGGAGAGCGUGGAAGGGCUGGGCCAUGAAGAGACAGUGUCCAAGAUCCGGGCGCAGGGCUCCUGCGUCUCGCUCAUUGUCGUUGACCCUGAGGCUGACCGCUUCUUCAACAUGGUUCGCUUGUCCCCACUUCUCUUCUUGGAGAGCACAGAGGCUCCCGACCCUCCCCAGGAUACCGGCUCAGCCUCUCUGGUUGAGACCAAGGACCCACCAGUUGAAGACACAACCGUCCCCUGCGGCUUCCGCCAGUGCUUCCUGUACCCUGGGCCUGGCGGUGGCUAUGGCUUCCGACUCAGCUGUGUGGCCAGUGGGCCUCAUCUCUUCAUCUCCCAGGUGACCCUAGGAGGCUCAGCUGCCCGGGCAGGACUGCAAAUGGGAGAUGUGAUUCUGGAGGUGAACGGGUAUCCCAUGGGCGGAGAGAAUGACCUGGAAAGACUUCAGCAGCUGGCUGAGGCAGAGCCACCCCUAUGCCUGAAGCUGACGGCCAGAUCUCAGCAGGGCUUGGAAGCCUGGAUUCCGCCAGGGUCUGGAGAGGACUGGGCUGUAGCCUCAGAUCUACUGUAGCACCCCCUAUGCCUGGCUUUCCUGUCUCCACUCUCCAGCCUGAGGUGGUGGGAGCUGAGAUGCUCUCUUUAAACUAGAAGCUGCAGCUCUAGGACUCCGGUUACCUCCAAUCACAGGAUAGUCCUUGGCCUCCCUCCCUUCCCAUGGGCCCACCUCCUGGAAGAGGGUGUGGCCAGAGGCCUCAGGUGGGCCCACGAGGGAGCCUCCCCUUUGAUUCCAAAGGAAGUCAUGUGGGAUCUUUGGGAGCUGUGCGCCAAGGAUGAUGAUCUGCCUGAGAUGAGUGGUAUGAUUUUGUGAUUUAUAACAAGAAAUAUAUGUUUGGCCUUCAUACCCUUUCCUGGCACAGAGCUCCUAAAAUCCUUGGAAUUUCCUAAGUAGUAAGACAGAUAAAGCUGUCUUCUGUUUUUGACAAUAAGCCCCUUUCAACUACACCUAGUUUUGUUAAUGAGAUGACUCUUGACAAGCACCUGAGAAUGGGGCACAGGUUUCCAGGGCAACCAGUCAUGUGAUUAGAGGGUUGGACCUUUCAGUGCCCACCCCCCACCCCUACCCUCAACCUCCUGGGAGGGGAGAGGGGCUGGAGGUUGAGUUAAUCACCAGUGUUCAAUGGAUCGAUGGAUCAUGCCUACAUAAUGAAGCCUCCAUAGAAACCCAAAAGGACAGUUUCAGAGAGCUUUCCGCAUUGCUGAACACGUGGAGGUGCUGGGAGGGUGGCGCACCUGGAGAGGGCAUGCAGCUUCCAUGCUCAUACCUCGCCGGUGUAUCUCUUCCCUCUGGCUGUUCCUGAGUUGUGUUCUUUAUAAUAAACUGGUAAUCUAGUAAGUAAACUGUUUCCCUGAGUUCAAUCGCUCUAGCAAAUGUUUGAACCCAAGGAGGGGGUUGUGGGAACCUCUGAGUGAUAGCUAGUAGGUCAGAGGCACAAGUGACAACCUGGACUCGAGAUUGGUAUUUGAGGUCGAGGGCAGUCUGUGGGACAGAGCCCUUAACCUGCGGGAUCUGAUGGUACCUCCAAGUAGAAAGUGUCGGAAUUGAGUUAAAUUGUAACACAAAAGUUAAAUUGUGUCUACGGAGAAUUACUUGGUGUGGGAAACCUCCCCCCUCCAC